CGCUCGGCGUCGUCUGCGCGCUGCACACUGCGACGCCUGCGGACUGCUGCGAACGUGUUCGCCAGCAUGCCUGGCUGAUCGCGCCGGAGUUGCACACUAUUUGAUGGGCGUUCCUCGCGCAUACGAUGAUCCACGCAAUUAGCCGCGUCACUUUCAUCACUGCACUACUUGCAGCGGUGUCGCCAGCGUUAGCAGCCUGUGAUGCAGAGGAGGCUGUCACUGGACUCCAACAGUGCAGGAACCAGAUCCACCAGAUAGAGAAACACAGAUUUAAUGCUUCCAACGCCGACCACAUAGAACAAGUAUGCUGUGUUGGGGACCCUUUCUACCACGAGUACUAUUUCAGCCAAUAUUUAAAGGAGCUGUGUCUUAUUGUUUUUGAUGUUUUCGGAAUCGGCGACGCUAAUCCGGAGAGACCUAGCUCAGCCUCGAAAAAGCGUCACCGUCGUUACUUCUGCGUCGUGGGCUGCCAUGAACAAGAAGGCCUGAAUCCCAACAUCAGAUUCUACCAUUUUCCUUCAAGGCAUCACGAAGCGGAGCGUCGGGCGCGCUGGAUAGCUGCAGUUCGUCGCGCUGGCAGCGCCACGGUCCAGUUCGAAGACUGCAUCCGCGAAGCAGUACGUCUUUCAGGCUGCCACCACGAAGUGGACUACCUUGUGACCCUGAUGAUGACUAAAACGCGAGAACUUUUAAGCCACAUGUAUAGUGCCAACUGCUGGUACCGCUGCAGCCCAGCCGCCGCUGCCAGUAUGCCAUUCGCCCCUGCCGGACUUAUAGCAGUGGCGCUCGUGGUGCUGUGGAGGACAUGAAGCUAGUGACCCUGGUCGCCCGCGAGUGCUGUGAUGCGACCCCGAGAGCGGUCCCAAGCCGGCACUCGGGUCGAACAGCACCUGCAGGACUUCACAAAAUGCGCUCGUGUCUUUCCUGUCCUUUUUAGUGACGGGCCAGAAAAGUUUCAUCACCGUGGUGAGCAGUGGCGCAGCGUCACUGCAACGUCCGCUCAGAUGUUUGAAGGCAGUGUUUUGCAGCAACAGACCACCUACACUCUAACACCUAGUGCGGCAAUGCAGCAACUGUUGCUGUAACAUGUUUCCUUUAAUUUUUUCCAUAAUUAAAAUUAAAGAUUUGCCAUAUUACCGUUGCAUUGGC